AUGUCAAAUCUUUGCCAACGACUAACACCGUUUGCACAGUUGCUGGCAAGGUCCUAUGCUAAGACUUUCAAUGAACUUGGAUUGCAGAGGCAAUUACAGUUCUUGCCGGUUGGUGUGUUCAAGCUCAGUGAAAGGGGUGGGGCACUGGUGAACAUAGAGCCGAUGCUUGAGGGAGACUAUGUGAAGCACAAUGACAAUGACGGGCAUGUCGAUACGAAUGACAUGUAUCCACAAGCCUUCAGCCAUUACACGUGGGAAGCAAGUGGAAAAAAAUUAUUAAUUUGCGACAUUCAAGGAGUUGGUGAUUAUUACACAGAUCCUCAAAUUCAUUCCAUUGAUGGGGAAGGGUUUGGAAGUGGAAAUAUGGGCCCAGAAGGAAUUCGACGUUUCUUUUUGACUCACAAGUAG